GCUCGGAGGUGGCUGGCCCCGCCUCCCUUUCCCCACAGCAAUAGCUCGGCUCCGCGGCUGGGGCGGUGCUCAGACCCGCGUGGUCCCGGUUGCAUAGGGGCGGCUGGUGGGCCCAGUUCCGUGCCGUGUCCAUGAGCAGGGGAGACUCUGGGCCAUGCCGCCCGUGCUCAGCGCCCUCUGGCUGCUGCUGGCCGCCGCGUUCCUCGCCGCGCUGCUGCUGCAGGUCCGGCGUGGGGGGCCCGGACCCAGGCCCGGCCUCUUCCAGGAUCUGAUCCGCUACGGGAAGACCAAGAGCGGCUGCGGGCAGCGUCCAGCCUGGCUGCGGCUUCUGUAUUUGCCCAAGAGGUGGUUUUCUCACUUUUAUAUUCUUUCUGUGGUCUGGAAUGGCUUCCUGCUCCUAUUGCUUAUUCAAGCUUUGUUCCUAGCAAGACCUUUCCCGAUAUGGCUUCAGGAUUUGCUCAGUGCUCUUGGUGGAGCUUCGCAGAACCAGGAUGUGGGUGACAAACACCUGUCAGCCCUCUUGGUUCUCAUGCUCCUGUGGCUACACAGCUUUCGAAGGCUCAUAGAGUGCCUCUGCAUCAGUGUCUUCUCCAGUGGUGUCAUUCACAUCGUACAGUACUGCUUUGCACUUGGGUACUAUAUUGUUAUUGGCUUAACGGUGCUGUGUCAAGUGCCAGCUAAUGUCAGCAAUGGAAAAGACCUCUUUAUGCAAAUCUGCUGGUACCACAUCCUAGGAAUUAUGAUGUACAUUUGGGCCUCUGUUCACCAACAUAGAUGCCAUGUGAUUCUAGCUAAUCUUAGAAAAAGUAAAUCAGGAAAGGUAGUAAACUUGAACCACAGCAUUCCUUUUGGAGACUGGUUUGAGAGAGUAUCUUGCCCACAUUAUUUUGCUGAACUCCUAAUAUAUGUAUCCUUGGCCAUCACAUUUGGAUUUCAAAACUUAACAUGGUGGCUUGUAGUGAUGUUUGUGUUGUUUAACCAGGCAUUGGCUGCAGUUCUGUGCCAGGAGUUCUAUGUGAACAAAUUCAGCUGCUACCCAACACAUCGAAAAGCAUUUAUACCAUUUCUUUUUUAGAACCUUUAUUUUUGUUAAAUAUAUCUUUAAUGUAACCUGUGAAAUGCUGUUUAAAAGGUAAUGGAAGACUGAGGUUCUCAGGAGUAUGGUGUAAUGCAACUGCUACAGAAGGUGUGGUGAAACAAUACUGACUGUCUGAUUCCAGCUCAAAGCUACACAGGAUUUUAAUGAAAAAAGUUUCAUUUUGAUUUAAUGAUAAAGGAUCUGUGACAGAUUUUCGGUUACCAAUUUGCCUGAGGCAUCCGGUGAUCAGGCUGAGGCCACAGGAUCUUUAGGGAGGAGAUGACGAAACACACCAAGUGUCUAAAUUUUAAAGCUUUAUUAAUAAAAUAACAGCAGAGAGUGAUGUGUGCUCCCCACGUCACUCAGAGGAAGGAAGAACGCGUUAGUGCCACAAGCCCUAACCCACUUUCAUACUCACACAUGCUCUACCCAAGGCUGACCAAGCCUGGGUGUAACGUAAGAAGAAGCGGGGGCAGGAGAGGGUGGAUGGGAAUUCUGUCCUGUGCGCACAGGUUGUCCAGGGUCCGCUGCGAUCUCCGAAUUACUCCAGCUCUCAGGAGGGUUUUUAAGUCCAGGGUUCCUUUGGGGGUGUUUCGUUCUGUGACUUCUGUUCCUGGUGUUCUUUGUACCAGUCCAAACUGGCUUUCUGUGGUCUCAACUUUCCCAAAACACACCAGCUCCAGGGACGCACAUCUCUGCUUCCCGCCUCUCUCCUCCCCCGCCCCCCCACUGUCUCGCCUGUGUUUUCCAUCUCUGCAGCCCUGGUUCAAUGUACUUUUUCUUUCCUCAUGGCUGUCUGUGGCUAAGUGAGAGAUUAACGCAGCUGCAGAUUUCUUCUCUAGUGCCAUGACCUUGGACUGGGGCCAGUGUAGCGUCUUACUGUCGAACUGAGCUAGCUAGCUACAGUGUUGAGUUAACCUGUUCUCUGCUCUCUUCCUCCUUUCCCUUUGGCCUUUUGCAGCCUGCAACAUUCCUCACUCACCUUUGACUCUUCCCAAAAUGCCCUGUGAUGCUUGCAACAGCUUUAGUAAUAUACAAUGAUGACCUGCCUCCCACAGGGGGACCCCUUGAGGGAGGGGGCCAUUGGGGUGUGACAUAGCUACAGUAUAUACAAUCUGAACUGUACGUGGUAUUAAAGACCUCAGUUAAAAUUCAAGAACUGCUGAUGUUUAACAUUUGUAUUUUUGACAUUCAUGUUUAAUAUUUAAACCACUUUCAUUGCUGUUAUGUAGCAAGCCAAAAUGUGUGCCUGUAUUUUAUAUGUGUAACACACAUGUAUGUAGGGAAGGGAAGUUGCUCAAAGUGAGGAGAAACCACUGUAUUUCAUCUUUUAACUAAUAUUUUAAAAGAAAACUAUACUCAUCCCCCACACACCGUGGCCAUUAAAUCUAUUAAAAGAAGCUAACUGUUAAGGAA